AUGCCAUUUUUUCAGGAUAAUGAAGAUUCUGUCGCAGAAGAAACAACGCAGAAACAAUUAAUAUCAGACAAAGAGACAACUCUCCAGAAUGCAAUGACUGAGCCUGAAUCAGUUGAAGAGGCUGUCCAGGAAAUGCCAAUGGGAAUCCAUGGUCAUGUACCAGAGAACAUUAGUGUAGGGCAAACCAAGCAAGCAGACAAAUCAACGGUCGAACAACUGAUCUCAAGACAGAAGAAUCAGGAAGAAACCAGUGUAUUUAGCAGACUAUGUUACAUGAACACACCUUUGACAAUAAGUGUAAAAAAAUAUAUUUAUAAGUACAUGUAG